CAAUUUCAAAGCCAAAUUCUGAAAGUAAUAAGGUCUCUUCUUCAACCCAGUACGGAGUGAAAAAAAUGGCGAAGAAAUUCAAAGAUUUGCCUGAGGAAUGCUGGGAAAUGAUAUUCAACCGACUUGAUCACCACUCUUACUUCGAACCCCUUUCUUUGGUAUGCCAACAAUUUCUCUCUCUCACCAAUCGUCUCCGAACAAGGUUGAAUUUAAUCCACCCAACAAUUCUCAUCCACGGUACUAUCUCUAAACUCCUUCAAAGAUUCCGAUACCUCAAAGCCAUAGAUCUCAGUAACUGUCGCGGAGAGAUCGAUGAUAUUAUUCUUGAAAUUGCAUGUUCUUCUUUGUUGAACCUCGAAUUUAUUGACUUUUCGAAUCAGAAAAGUGUGCCCAUUAAGGGUUUGAUUGAAUUGGGAUUAAGCAUGAAGAGUUUGAGGGUUUUGAAGUGUGCAAAUCUUUGCGUUUUACGGAACAGUGAUUUAGUUGCAAUAGCUGAUUCGUUGCCUUGGUUGGAAGAGCUAGAUAUUAGUUACCCUUCUAAUAAUUUUGAUUGGAUCCGUGAAAUUGAUGUUUGGACUUCCGGUGAAGUGGGCGUGGCUGAUAGUGGGAUUGAGGCACUGUCUGCUAAUCUUAAAAACUUGCAUAAACUUAAUAUUUCUGGAAAUCAUUUCAUUACUGAUCGGUCUCUUGUUGCUCUGUCCUUAAACUGCUUGUUAUUGAGAGAACUUGCAGUAUUGGAUUGUUCAUUCAUAACCCAGAAUGGGAUUCAUUUUGUAUUGCGUAAUAGUCCCAAUUUGAGCUCAAUUUCGGUGAAUGGGAUUCACAUUCCUCUUACAUCUUCGCCUUUUGAAGAUUUGCUAUCAUGCCCACGAGCUCUGAGGACUCUUGAUUUCUAUGAUAUGGUUAUUUCAGAUGUGUUUUUGUAUUCAAUUGCAAAGGCUUCUAUCCCAUUGAAAAGGCUCUCGCUUUCUUGUUGCACCAAUUUCACUUUCUCUGGAAUCUCAUCACUUUUGUGCACAUACCAGUCUCUUGAGUACUUAGCUCUUGUAAAAGUAGAUUUCCUCACUGAUCAGUACAUGAGUGAUUUGUCUCGGUACCUCUGUAAUCUGGUCACUAUAAAGCUCAGCUCGUGUUAUAAGCUAACCAAUUUGACCUUCUUCACUAUCGCAAGGACCUGCUCUUUGCUGAAAGAAAUUGAAAUGAAGAGAACAAAGUUGGGGAAAGAAGACUUGUUUAUUGAUUUUACGAAGAACCCACGAAUCAAGUGUCUGAAUUUGGCAAGGAAUCCGUACCUGAGUGAUGGAUGCCUUAAAAAAUUUGCUUCAAUCUGCCCAAAUUUGGAGAUACUUGAUUUGAGCUCCUGUUCAGAUAUUACAGAAGUUGGCAUUGCUGAAAUUUUCAAGAGUUGCUGUGAUGUCAGACAUGUACAGAUUAAUUUCUGUGCAGGGGUUAAGAAUAUUGGAACAGGUUCCGAACUUCCCAAAUUGGAGAUUCUGUGUGCACCCAGGUCGGGGAUCGCUAAUGAAGGGCUGGCGGCGAUUGGAAAGAGAUGCCACCGGCUCCUAAAGUUGGACUUGGAGGGUUGCGUGGGAGUGACCACAAGAGUGGUGGAGGAAGUGGUGAGUGCCUGUGAAACAUUGAGGGAGAUAAAUUUGAAGGGUUGCCAUAAUGUGAAUGUCGGUAUUGUAGAUUGGAUGGUGUUUUCAAGGCCAUCCCUAAGGAAAAUAAUCCCACCCUCUUAUUCUUCUUUUACUAAAAACCAGAAGAAUUUUUUCUUGCGCCAUGGAUCUCUGGUUUGGGAUGGCUAGCUUCUAGCGGAACCAGUUUAGGCUGCUGUAAUAAGAUUGUUUUUACUUGUGUAAAAUUAUAUUUUGUAUACAAUCAAUUGUUUGAGAUGACAUUACGUCUGGAUCUUUACAUUCUAAACAUGGC